AGGUGGAGGUUCGUCCGGGCGACAACAAGUAAGUAAGAAGUAGAAGUAGAUCGCUACGUCUUCAUCUUCGCGUGUAAUGACAGAAAUUUUCAUCACUAGCCAUAAGUUCGCUGUUUAGUUUUCCUCGUCCACAUCUAAGAACCUAGUACGACGUCGGUCUCGAGCACACCGUUUCUUUAUUCCUGUAAAGCCAAAGAAGCAUUCUUCGCAGCCAGCGACAUCACCAAAAACAAAACAAUGUCCACCGCCCUGUCUGACUUGUUCAACAUCGACGCGCAACAGGUCGUUGCGUUCGAGUUCACAGAUUUUUUGAUGUGGUUUCUGUUCCUUUUCCUCGUGAUCCGCAACCUGAUUUACCUGGCCAACUACUACCAAACCUCCAUCUUUCCGUUCUGGUCCUGGCUGCGCUACGUCCGGGAAAAGCUGUUUUUCGCGUACUAGGAGAGCUGCAGCCGCAGCUUAGCCGCAAAACGCCGAAUAACAACGUCAUCAUCCCCAUUUCCACCUCCGCUGCUGGCUAUUGUCAGGUGCGUGCACGCUAUCAUUUACAUCAUGUGCUUUUCCUUUGUAUUCAGUUUCCGGGUUGGGGAUGAAACUGUAAGCAAAGUCUCAUUGAUUAUUAUUUUCGAGCCUUAUCAUGAAAGACAAAGAGAAAAUUAUCGCCUUUACACAUUAUACACAGACCCACCAUCGACGAGGCGCCCGACGAAAGCAGAAGCUGAAGAAGCACGCCAUUUAAUAGAUUUCAGCAAUACAACCGCGCCGAUAACCAUGCCGUUUCGCGGCGAGCUUCCGGGCAUGCUGUAUUGCGAUGUCCGGGACCGGUACUUCCCUGCCCGGAGCGUGACGGCCGACAACUCGCCUAGUGGCACCCGCACGAUGAACGAUCCCCACGACUACCUCUGUCGGCACUGCAAGAGCGAGCUCUGCCGCAACAGCACCAAAAGACCCGGCCCGGCGUCUGUACCGACUGCUUCCGCGAGUUCGAAUUUCAAUCAAAACCAGCGGGAGCAACAAAAUUUCCGAUCUAGUACGCGACCAUCGACGAUUGCCGCCUCUCCCGACAGCAGGCUGACCACUAGUAACACCAGCAGCAACCACACCUCGCCUGCCGUUCCCUCACCCGCACCUGAGCAGCAGAACAACUACCGCAGUUCCUACGAGCAACGCAGCCCCCCCGCCGCAAGCCUUCCGAGCCCCGCGUCGGCGCCGGCCCCGCGCUCGGCGCCGCGCGGCACGACGGUUCGGGACGUUUUGCGCGAGGUAAUCCGGGAGGAAAUCGCAAACUUCGCCCGCCAGGAACUGCAGUCGUCUUCCCACAGGUCUCGUGAGGCGCGGCGAGAACCGCGUCCAGACGGAGUCGAGAACAGCAGCAGCGUCGCAACACGCAACGUGAGUCGACAACAGACACCAAGCUCUGGAGACUCCUCCUCAUCUACGUACACCGACCAGACCGGCGCCAUCUGGGACGUGCACAGCACGAUUUCCAGCUCGGCUAGCGACGACGCCGGCGGUGGGGAUUCAAACCAGCUGCAGUUGGGGGCAAAUGGCACACUCGGCACACACAUCACCUCCAUCGACGUAGGUAAAUUUGCGGCCGACCCGAAGGUGAUCGACACGCUGCCGUGCCCUACGGCCGCGGAUUUUCCUGGGAGGACGGAGGAAGAGUCCAAGGUCCAGUGCACGAUUUGCUUUGAAGACUGCACGCAAGAGUUACUGCCGCAGCUGCUGAUCCUGCCCUGCAACCACAUCUUCCACGCGGACUGCAUUCGCCCCUGGCUCCGAAACAAGGGACACUGUCCCAGCUGUCGGAAGCCCGUGGAUCAGGCCUUCGAGGCGGCAGCGCGUGCCGCGGCGCCGGUACUUCCGCCUCCGCCGCAGCUGCAGCGGGUCGAAUUUUCCCUCAACUUGCGGUCGUGAAAAAGGAGCGAAUGAUGUUGGGAUGAACAAUGUGUAGCGUGUUUUCGUGUAGAAAAUUUUUACAAAGUUAUGCUUAUGAUAUGUUGGUAUUGGUAAACGGAUAAAAGUCGUGCGACACCGGUGGAAGACCAGAGGCAAUCCAAUACCGGAUUUUACUUUUACUUCGACAAGUACAACGAUAACGAAGAUCAUAGCGGCUAGCGGUCUCACAAUUUUUCUCUGAUAUGAGACUUACAACGAAGACGACUACAACAGCGACCCACCAGGAUGACACAGGAAGAAGGAAAAAUGUUCAAGAAGGAUGGCAAUGACAAAAAAAGCGUUUUGAUAUCGCGCGACUAAUAAUUUCCGAUUUCUGCCU